CAAUGCAACGGCUAAAUAUUUCUAGUGACUGAUGGCGAGCAGGCGAGGCUCUCAGUGAUAGCAUGGAUCCGGACAGCGGGGCGGACACUCAGCGAACUCUCAGUCUGCAAUGGAAGAGCUAUAAGCUUGUACAAGACCCCGCUCUCCGACGGGUUGCUCAGAAAAUCUACAGAUAUGAUGGGAUUCACUUUAGUGUACCGGAUUCAGGAUUCCCACCUGUGGGGGACUUGCGUGAUCCAAGACCCCGCAGAAUCUGGUCUAGACACACAGAGCUGUCGCUGCCAGUGCCCAAAUUUAAGUUGGAUGAGUAUUACGUAGGCCCUAUACCACUUAAGGAAGUGACAUUUGCAAGGUUGAAUGAUAACAUCAAGGAGCCGUUCCUGGCGGAGAUGUGCGCCAAGUUUGGUGAGGUUGAGGAAAUGGAGAUUCUGUUUCAUCCCAAGACCCGGAAGCACUUGGGCUUGGCCCGCGUCCUCUUCACCAGUACUAGAGGGGCCAAAGACACUGUCAAACACCUGCACAAUACUUCUGUCAUGGGGAACAUUGUCCAUGUCCAGCUGGAUAUCAAAGGCCAACAGAGGAUGAAGUACUAUGACUUGAUAGUGAGUGGCUCAUACACCCCUCAGACAGUGCCGACUGGAGGCAAAGCUCUCACAGACAAAUUUCAGCCCCCAGCCCCAACACAGCCAGAUACGUCGUCUGAUAUCCGACGGAGGCUCUCCACAGACCAGACGGCAGCUCCUGCUCCUGCUCCUGCUGCUGCUGCUGCUGCGCCUCUCAACUCUGGCAGCACCACCCCCUGUUCUGUGGAAACUGGAUUUGGAGACCAGCGCCUAGAUACCCCUCCAUCCUCAAUGGGGGGGCCCUAUACACCGGGUUCCUCUGCUUCUUCACAGGGUGGGGGUACCCCUUAUACCCCUCGCUCUGGGACCCCUUUCUCCCAGGACUCGGGCUACUCUGUGGGCAGGCAUGGUGGAUAUACCAGCACUCAGAGUUAUCCCCAGCAGGAUAUGCUUCCAUCUUCCUCCUGCUCCUCUUCAGCGGUCUCUUCAUCAUCAGGAUUCAAGCCCCCUCGCUUUCAUGAUGACCUACAUGCUCCACCUCCACAAGAACCCUCCGUGUUCCACAGGGGUCGGCCGGGAUAUCCUUCAUCUGCACCUUUCAGACCUAAUGAACCUCCCUAUCCAUAUCCCAAUGUUGGAGGUUCAGGGAUGCACAUGCCGCUACAUCCACCCAUGCCACCUCCAGGGCCUCAGUUUGAGCCAUCUCCUCUGUCUGACAGAGAGAGAGACAGAGAAAGGGGUCACAGGGACAGGGAUCGAGAGAGAGACUCAGGAGGGCGCUAUGGAGGCGGGAUAAGCUCCCGUCGUUCCUCUUACCACUAUCAACAGGAUACUAACUCUUCGUCCACCUCUAAAUCCUACCAUUCGCACCACUCACAUCAUCCCGACCGGCGAGAGGACAGAGACGGCAGGGGGUACCGGCGGGACAGUUCAGGCUCCCGCUCAGGAGAUCACGGAAGGCAUCGGAACCACCAUCACUCCCACAACCACCACAGCAGCAGUGGAGGUGGGUCGAGUCGGCGGAGGAGUAGCAGAGACCGUGAAUGGGAGCGAGACCGAGAAGGAGACUAUAACAGCUCUGAUCCGCGUUACGGAGGCCACUCAAACUCCAGCCACAACUCAUCCAACAGCCUCUCCCCUCCCUCUGCCACCUCCUCUUAUGGAGGAUACUCGUCAUCUAAAGACCUUUCCCCCUACGACACACCCUCCUCCUCCCGGCUGGAACCCUCGCCGGCCUUCCAUCCUCAGCAAGGUGCUGGCGAGAGGGGUUUUGGAAUGGGAGGUAGUAUAGACAAUGACUACCGUGCUCAUUCUCACCACACACCCCUGGCGCCGCCGCCUCCACCUCCUCCCCUCCCGCCGGCCUCCGUGAUCGCGGCUGCUGUGGCCGAAACCCUUGGCUCUCUUGAUUUCGGCCAGGACAGUCCCAUCCGAGAAGAACAGUGGACCAAACCUAAACGGCAUCCCAGCACGCCACCCCAUCCGCCUCCGACCUCCUCGCCUCCCCACGCCUCCGUACCGUCAUCCUCCACCUCCCCGUCUUCAACGUCUCUGCCUCACCACCUCCCCUCUUCCACAGCAUCCCUCUCUCCGCCGCCUCCACAACGUGACUCCUCCCCGGAACCAGACUCCACUAAUGAGAGCCUGCCGUUCAUGCACCACAGCAGCAGCUUGGACUCACGUAUUGAGAUGUUGCUGAAGGAACAAAAGGCCAAGUUUUCCUUUCUUGCCUCAGAUGAUGAGGACGAUGAGAAGGAGGACAAAGAGAGAGGAAAAACAGAUGAGAACACAGACGGAGGGGGGAACAAACUCAGAGAGGAGAAUGGAGAACGGCCUAGUCACAAGAGACAAGGAGAGACGGAGGUAGGCCAACAGAGGAGGCGAGGAGAGAAAGAUGGACGUCGCAGCAGGAGCAAAAGGCAAGGUGGUGGAGUAAGUGAAGGCAGGAAAACUCCUCCAGAGGUGGCCUCCUCCACUCCUACCAUGCACGGUUUAGUGUCCGAGUCUCUUCAGGGCCAAAUGCCGCCACCUCAGGAGGAGCACACAACCUCUGAUACACACAGGGCUCCACAUACCCCACCCACAUACAAUGGAGAGACACAGCCAUCUCCUCACUCCUCUGGGGAGGAUAUGGAAAUAUCCGAUGAAGAUGACAAUGCCAUCACCACAGCGACACCCCAUCCCGCUGCCUCUUCGUCCUCUUCACCAGCCACCUCCUCGCAAUCUGCCCUCCCCUCACAAACUCCAGACCCCUCUGCAAGCCCCGCUCCUGACACCAGCCAGCACUUCAGCGCCACCAUGCCACCUCCGCCCAUCCCGUCUUACCCUCCACACCUCCCUCCCCCACCUCUGCCCGGCUUCUCCCUGCAGCCACCUCCGCCACCUGGCAUACCUCCUCCGCUUCCUCACAUGGAGCUGCACCCGGAGUACCCUCCUCCGCUGCCGCACCAUAUGUACGACUAUGCCAGCUCCAUGGAGCUCAUGAGCCAGUAUUGUGGCGGAGUGCCCAUGUCAUUCCAGAUGCAGACGCACAUGCUCAGUCGUCUCCACCAGAUGCGAAUGGCCUCCUCCAACAGCCCUACGGCACCACCUGGAGAAGUCCCGCCUGCCUCUGAAUAUCCCCCGUCAUAUCACCUCCAUUCAAUUCCCCCUCCACAUGUACAUCCGCACCACCCAUACAUGGACCAAGAUGGGAAUGUUGCCUCCCACUACGACCAGGACCACCGCUACAUCCCUCCUCACUUACCGUACGCCUACCCGGACCCUCAUGCCGCCCAGCUUCCGCAUCAUCAUGCCAUCCCCCCUCCCCACAGCCCCUGGCCUCCUCACCUACCACCCCAGCAGUUUCCUUCCCACUAUCCUCCACCUGGCUUCGGCACAGUGCCUGGUGUGGAUGGAGAGCUGUACGCAGCGGCAGGUGACCAGAUGGCCAUAAUGGGCCAUAACCCCUGCGAGGCCGUAGUGCAGCAGGUACUGGCAGCUUUGAUUGAGGAGAUGAAGAACAUCAUGCAGAGGGACCUGAACCGCAAGAUGGUGGAGAACGUCGCCUUUGGCACCUUUGAUGAGUGGUGGGACCGCAAGGAAAGAAAAGCUAAGCCAUUCCAGACAGCCAUGCGGGGAGUUGCGGUGGUGCGCGAGGAAGACAAGAAGGAUGAGAAGACCAGCAACCGACCUCGAGAGCCACUUAUGUCUCUGGUAGACUGGGCCAAGAGUGGAGGCAUGGAGGGUUUCUCCCUGCGGGGAGCCUUGCGCUUGCCUUCUUUUAAGGUUAAGAGGAAGGAGCCUCAGGAGCUUGUCGAGGGUGAUGAGCUGAAGGCCAGACCUUCCACUCCAGCCGAUGAGGAAGAUGAAGACUCCUAUCAGGGGAAAUCUGCAGACACUGCUACAGGAAGAACAGAGGAGAGGCGUGUGGCAGACAGAGGAGCAGCCAGAAGGAGGAGCAGAGCCAAGGCGCGUAAGCCAUACGACCUAGACAGCGAGGGAGAAGAAACAUCAGAUGGUUCCUCUGAGAAGGAGGAGGAUGAAGACAGUGAUAAAGUGGAUGAGUCAGAAGAUGAAGCCUUUAGUGCAGACAGUGAUGAUGAGAGUGUUUCUUCCUCUUCUUCUGAGAGCUCAUCAUCCUCCUCCUCGGCAUCGUCUUCCUCCUCUGAUGAGGAAGAUGAAGAGGAAGGUGAGCAGGCUGCAGAGAGCGAGUCAUUGGAUUCAAUGGAUGAGUCUACAAUGGACAGCAUAGCUAUGGACAAAGAAAAGGGUGAAAGGGACAAAGCCAGCAUUGACCAAUCAUCAGUUACUGCUGCGGAGGUCAAACUUGAAGAAGAGAAAACGCCUACAGCUGUGCCUUCAUCAUCUCCAUAUCCCCGGCCUUCUUCCCCUAUCCUCCCCCCACUCAAGAAACGGCGCAAGACAGUUUCUUUCUCAAUGGAAGAAAGUGAGGUCAAGCCCCCCAUUCUGUCAUCUUCUGCUCCCUCUCCAUCUCCCACUCCUGUCUCACAAGCUUCAGACAUUCCUACUUCCACUUCUCCCGGAAGCACACCCACAGCAGCUGCUCCACCCGUCGCCUCCAAACCCACCCCAAUGCUCCUUCCAUUUGCUUCUCGUCCCAGCGAAAGUAACGCCCUGACUUCCCCUGCUUCUCCUUCCGCUGUUCUUACUGUCCCUCCACCAGUGCGUUCCCUGCGGCCUGAUGAGCCCAAAAGGAGUCCAGGUACCCCACCAUCUCCACAAACUCCCACUGCCAAAAACUCCUCUAAACGUGGUAAAGACUCCCCUAGAACUCCCCCUGUGCCCGUCUGUCUCACGGUCCAGAACCUCCCGCUGGACCAUGCCUCCUUGGUCAAAAUGGCCUAUGAGGACCCCGUCCCUGUUCAAACCACACAAAAGGGUCGCAUACGUGGCCGCCCUCGGACACUCGGCCAAUCAGUUUCUGGCCCUCAUCUGCAUCCCGCUGUGGAGGAAGAGGAUGAAGAGGAGCUGGAGCAGCGGCUGAAACUCAGGGAGCAGCUGGGAGUGUCCAGCCUGCUGCAGCUGGCCUCUGCCCCUAAGCCUGACCUGUCUGUGCUGGCCGAUGUGGCGCUGAAGAUGGACCCGGAGGCAGAUAUCGACUCAGAAGAGACUGAGACCUCAGAUGAGGCAGAGGAGCACAAGCUGGAGGAGGAAGAGGGCGACUUCUUUGCCCCACACCCCCGUCAACCACUCCUGGAUCCAGAGGGUCUGUUCGUCCUGCAGGAGCACAACUAUUCUAAAAUUCAUGCGCCUCCACACCUCACAUCUCCACAAAAGAGGACGAAACAGGACCCCACCGUCCUGCUUUCUGCAGACCUCAACCAGCACGGUGUUCAGGAAGCACCCGAAGAGGUCAUUGGGGAAGCUCUUGCCGCCAGGGGAGAAGCUCCGGAGCUGUACGAGGAUCUUUCCGGAUUGGGCCUGCUGUGCGAAGCCAGGGACGCUGCUGAGAAACAGAGCAAAAGUCUCGGCCCACCAUACAAGAGGAAAGGAUCAAUUAGCAAAGAGAUGGAGAUGGAAGAGAGGGGGAAAGGGAAGAGCAAGAAGAGAAGUAGGAAGGACAAAGAAAAUGAGGAACUCCAGAUCUCUAAGAAACAGAAGGAGAAACAGAUUAAGAAACAGAGGAAGCGGAAGUUAGAGGAUUUCGAAGAAGAUGUGGAUGUGGAGCAGUUGGAGUCUGGUGAGCUUUCCAGCUCCAGCUCUGACUCUGGAGACUCUGAAUUUGGUUUAGAGAGAUCACUGGAGUUUGAAAAGGAAGAGGUUAGAAAGAGCGAACGACUUUUUCUUCAGGAAGCCGGCUUGACCCCUUCUACUCAGCGGCGGCCCAAACACGUGCCCGCGGCAGAUCCUAUACUCCGUCCCUCUUACAAGAACCGCAGCGAGUUUGAGCAGAUGACCAUCCUGUAUGACAUCUGGAACACUGGCCUGGACCAGGAAGAUUUGAGACUCCUGAAGAGCACCUAUGAAAAACUGCUGCAAGAUGACCAUGGCACCGACUGGCUCAAUGACACACACUGGGUCCCUCAUACCAUCACCAACAUCCCGAACCCCCGUCGGAAGAAGAAGACCCCAGAUGGGCAGCUAAGAGAGCAUGUCACUGGCUGUGCUCGCAGUGAAGGCUACUAUGCCAUCAGCCGCAAGGAAAAAGACGUCUACCUUGAGCUAGACCAGCCAGUGACUGUGCAGGAAGUUGGGGACUAUGAUACUGCAGGCUCGAAUCGUCUGCUGUCUGAAAGGCGCUCCGAGCAGCGGCGUCUCCUCAGUGCUAUCGGCACUCAAGCAGUGAUGGACUCAGACCUGCUGAAACUGAACCAGCUGAAGUUCCGUAAGAAGAAGCUGAGGUUUGGCCGCAGUCGAAUCCAUGAAUGGGGCUUGUUUGCCAUGGAACCCAUUGCUGCAGAUGAGAUGGUCAUUGAAUAUGUGGGACAGAAUAUCAGACAGAUGGUGGCUGAUAAUCGAGAGAAGCGAUAUGCCCAGGAAGGCAUCGGGAGCAGCUACUUAUUCCGUGUCGACCAUGACACUAUCAUUGACGCCACCAAGUGUGGCAACUUGGCUCGGUUUAUUAACCACUGCUGCACGCCCAACUGCUAUGCCAAAGUGAUUACCAUCGAGUCCCAGAAGAAGAUCGUCAUAUACUCCAAGCAGCCUAUUGGUGUGAACGAGGAGAUCACGUAUGAUUACAAGUUUCCCAUUGAAGAGAACAAAAUCCCAUGUUUGUGUGGCACGGAGAACUGCAGAGGAACCCUCAACUAAAAGUGUGCUAGUCCUUCCCCAAUACAAGACUUGCCAAUCAGCUUUCCUGGCCCACAAGCUGUUUUUCUCAGAGCGCACAAAAACGUAGGUAGUGUGUGUAGGGAGAACGUUUGGUCAGACUCUUUGAAAAGCUUCUAUACAGAGACACAGUGUCGAGAUGUUUAGUCCAGGGUCAUUGGGAUCUCAGCACUGCCGCAACACCCUGAGUUCCAUCUGUGAAUUUUUUUCUCUCCUGUCCCAAGCUCCUUAUCUAAUUUCGUUCCUCCUGUUGCAGCUGUGUCUGGUGGUGUUGUUUUUGCCAAGGUCUAUGCUUUGAAAUACCGCUAUUAAUCAACUGCACACACACACACACACACACACACAUAUUCCACUCACUUCUGCACAGCACAUGACAGUGUGGCACCCUUAAAGUGCUGGGUCUUUUUUUCAAGGGCAACUUUUAAAGACCUACCUAAAGACAUGGAUUUAAGACUUGUGUAAUGCUGCACCCCUGUUGUGAGAGAGAGUAUUAAUUUUAGUUUAUUUAUUAUCAUCCAUGUUCUGAUGCCUGUCCUUUCAUGUCAUUCAUUUAGGUCAGAUCUACCACUGUACCUUCUUUUAGAUUAUUUCCGUAGAAUCACCUCUGCCUAUUUUUAUUUUAAUAUGAAGCUGUUUUGACGCACGUUUCUUUUCGAAACUUCCUCUGAGCUGAACCUAUCUUAAUUAAAAAUGUCCCCUUUUCCAGCAUGACAUGCUGGUAUUCUAUAACUUUAUAAAUUAUAUAGUAUUGUAAGUUACAUUGUACAUUGCCAUUUUAUUUUCAUAAAUGAGUUGUUACAAUGCCAGUACACUGUAACAACACCGUUAUUAUAGAGGUUAAUAUCUACCUCCCAUCAUUUUAAAACACCCUUACAUGAAGUCAUAACCCUUUCAUCAAUAGUUUUUAGCAAUAUAAGGACAGGACAGAUGUGGUCGUCUUUUUGGUGUGCUGAAAUAAACGCACAUUGAUAUUUUAGCAGAAGGAUGGAAUUAUUCAUUGGAUUUUCUUUUGCCAUUGAUAUUUUAGUGGACCACUGAAAAAUGAAUGGGGUAUAUGUUUUGAGAUAAAGCACUCUACUUUGGGGCUAGUAACUCCUCUCUGCUAAGGAGAACAUGCUUGCACAAAUAUGUAUAUAUAAUCACACAGAGUGCAUUUUCUAAGAGUUGAAAGAUCAGAGUUUGCGUGUGCAUAUUUGAACACAAAAUUGAUGUCCCAAGUCCCCUGAAAGAUGUGCAGAGAGUCGCUAAAACGUCUGUUCCUACUGUUCUUUCCUUUCGUAUUACUGGUCAUCUGUCUCUCUCUCUCUCUGCUCUGCCAUAAAUUGACAUGUUGACAUUACUUAUUUGCUUCCCCUUACCCCACACCCCCCCUUGUCUGAGGGCCUUGCCAGCACUCUGUUCCUUUGAGAGGAAGACCUGUAAACUAUGUAGAUUUAUUGCAGUCUUUCAGUAAAAACUGAUCCACUGAAGUGUAACCAUAAAAAAAAGGACAAAAAAGUUAAAAAGAAUUACAUGUAAAUAUUGUAGAGGUGUUUGUUUCUCGUAGAAACACACUGGUUCUAGUCUGUAAAUAUGUUCAUCCUUUUCCUACUUCCCAUUGCGAGAAAAUAAUUGUACAUACCUAUCAUUCAGUUUUUGUUUUUUUAAUUUGAUUUAAAGUUUUAAUAUUAUUUGCAAUAUUUCUCUUGUAUUAAUGCGUUGGACCCUUUAUUAAUGGUGCAUUAAAAUAUUUUUUAAAAAAUAA